CACACAAAGCGUGUGUUAAGAAAAUUAAAUGUGAAGAGUAAAAAACAGGAGCUUUUGAUUGCUGCGUAUGCAUUUGUCGCUGUGUUUGUGUUGGUUACUUUGUGUUGCUAUUGUUGUUGCAUACCAAAACAAGAGACAAACGGAGGCUGGCGAUUGAGCACAAACCGCAUUCCAAACAUCGACGACAACACAAACCAUCAAUGUAAAAGUGAGCGCCAUGCAUCAUCAUCAUCCGCCAUUGCCCAUAAUGAGCAACGCUAAUGCAGCAGCGCCAGCAAUGGCCACUUCCUCCCUGCAACAAGCGCAACAGCAACAACAGCAGCAACAGCAGCAACCACAACAGCGACGACGCAAAAAGCGACCCAACUACGGCACUCGGACAGUGGAGGUGCGACGGGGUUAUAAUGGCUUCGGGUUUACCAUAUCGGGACAGCAACCAUGUCGGUUGUCCUGCAUCAUCAGCAACUCACCCGCCGAGCAGGCUGGUCUGCGUGCUGGUGACUUUCUUAUCUCUGUAAACGGCCUCAAUGUAUCCAAGCUGCCGCACGAGACUGUGGUGCAGUUGAUAGGAAACUCAUUUGGCAGCAUUCGCAUGCAGAUUGCUGAGAACUAUUACUCGGACAGCUCCGAUGAGGAGAACGCCAAUGCAACGCUGCUAAUCCAACGCAGUGCGCGUGGACAGCUUCUGGCCGCCAGUCUGGGUGCCGGAGUGCGGAACAAACCACGUUUUCUUCAUCACAAGUCGAAGAUGCAUCGACUACGUAAUUCGCCACAAAAGAAGCCACCCGAAGUAGUCGAAGCAGCAGUUGCAGCAGCAGAUCCAGGACCAGGACCAUCUUUAGCGCCUGCUUCAGCAGCAGCAGUGGUAGCAGCCAUUCCAGAUCAAUCAACAUUGCGACCAGUUCUGGAGGAUGCUCCACUGGCUAAUCUCGGCAAGUGCGCGGAUGUGGCCAAUGUUAGUGCCAUGGUGCGGGCUGUGGGUAGCGCUGCUUUGGAAUAUCGUGUGAUUGUGGGUUACUUAGGCACCAUCGAGAUGCCCAAACAGAUCUCACAUAGCUCCAAGUUGCAAACGGUGCGUUCCUGCAUCCGUAAGCUGCGCCAGGAGAAGCGCCAACCCACCAUUGUACUCAUGUGCAUCACACCAGAAUGCUUGCGCCUCCAGAGCGCCAACGGUGGCACUCUGGCCACCUAUGCCUCAGCUCGUCUCAACUACGUGAGCUCCUCAUCCGAAAGUGAGAAUCGUUUCUUCGGUUUAGUCACCAGUGCCGUGCACAAUACACAAAUCGAGGAGGAAUACGAAUUGGAGGAUAAGUCAAAUGCCAGUGGUGGUCACAUCAGCAUCUCGCACAGUUGCCAUGUCUUUGUCAUCGAUACCAAACUGAUUGAACAUGGCCAGCAUUUGGCGCGUGCCCAUGAAUAUCGACUGCAAUGCACCAGGGAUCCCAUUUCCAAUCUCUGCCUGGAGUUUCCCAACAACUCCGAGUAUGUGGUGAAUCUCAUACGCAGCAUGUACACCAUGCGGAUUCUUCCUCCGGCCAGUCGCAGUCAGCAGCCGGAUUAUGAGGUGGGCGCAGCCGCUGCCGCCGCCCACUCGCCGCAACCGUCGAAUCACAGCGAGAUUUCCACGACCACCUCAAAUUCAGACUCGGGAAUUGGAUUUAACAAUGACUGCACCAAUAUUUCUGAUCGCAUUUUAGUUGUGGAUUUUGCCGGCGCCCCAGCAGUUCCUGCUCUUGGACUUGCUCCCGUUGGUCCGGCUCCCGCUCGUCCCUUGGGCAUUGUAGGUGUACCUGACAAUAGAUUGACUGUGCGCGCCAUGCCCGAUCGUGAUCCAAAGUCCUCGUCUGCGUCCUGCUCCUUGCGUCGACCCAAUUUACUGGCCAGCUUCAAUCUGAUCAAGAGUCCGGCCACGAAUCUCACAGCAACGCGUUCCUGUGAUGAUGUACUGAAUCUGCUUGUGGAUGAACCGCCUGUUCUACCAACUGUGGCAUCCAUGGAUGACAUCUCAUUGCACUCGACUGUCCCAUCCCAGGACGAGCCUCAUAUGUUUGUGCAUCCCGCUUGUGUCAGCCGUAAAACACGACGCUCCCUUCAGCCCCCACCGCCAAUUGUGACGGAGCCAACGCCCUCGAAGCUUAGUGCCCAGGUCUUUGGGAAACCUCGUUCGAGACAAUCCCUGGGCUUUGAGGCCAUCGAUAGCAUCCAGUCCAGUCCUGGAAUGGCCUGUGUCGAACAGCCCAUGGACACCUGGACUAGCCUACAGAAUCUGCACAAGGCGGCCAAACAGAUGGCGGGGCUGUCAUCCACACAUUGCCUGAUAGAAGCUACCAACAGUGAACCGGAUCUAGGGAACCGCGCACUGCCCUCCAAUGCGUCGCCGUUCCGUCGCGCCUUCCGGAAUCAAUCUUCCUUCCGCAUGUUGCGCAACGACAACAAGGAGGGGGCGACGUCGGCAUCCGGCAGCAGUCCAGUAGUGCGAAGAUCGGCCUCGUUGAAUGCCUCGGACUCGGAUGUGUACAUUAAGGCACUCAUGCUGGACGAACUGAAGCCGCCGCAGAAGCUGGCGCUGUUCCAAGUGCCACAGAUUCUAACGACGCCGGCGCCACCGUCCAGCGUGAUGGUAACGGCGUCUUUUGGGCCAAAUGUGGAGCCGACGCCACCGGAGAAUGUUGGUCCAAGCAGCUGGGGCACAUCCUUCGAGCGCAUGCUGCAAGAUGCCGCUGGCAUGCAGACAUUUGCCGAGUUCCUUAAGAAGGAAUUUUCCGCGGAGAACAUUUACUUCUGGACCGCCUGUGAGAGAUACAGAUGCAUGGAAUCGGAGACGGAACGUGUGACGAUGGCACGUCAGAUCUAUGGCAAACAUUUGGCCAACAGCGGCAGUGAUCCGGUCAACGUUGACUCCCAGGCCCGUAAUCUCAGCGAUGAGAAACUGGCCAGCGGUGCCCUGGACAUCUUUGCGCCUGCCCAGAAGCAGAUCUUCAAUCUGAUGAAGUUCGACAGUUACCAGAGAUUCAUACGAAGCGAUCUGUACAAGAGCUGUGUGGAGGCGGAGCAGAAGCAGCAGCCAUUGCCCUUCACCGGAGCCGAUCUCGAUGAGCUGCUCAAGACAAAUUUUCACAUACUGGCCUCACCAAAGCUCAAGAAAUCAGCCAGCAAUGCCGAGGAUCGAAGACGUAAGAGCUUAUUACCCUGGCAUAGGAAAACGCGCAGUAAAUCCCGCGAUCGCAGUGAACUGAUGGCGGAUCUACAGCAAACACUAAUGCCAGCUCCAGCUCCUCCGCCUCCACUGCUGGCACUCCUCACUGGCGGAUCUGUGCAGAAUUCUCAGAGUGAUUUGCACAGUUCACGUUCAUCGUUGUCCUCCUUCGACGCUGGAGCAGCUGGACCGGCUCAGGGUGCGAGUGCGGACAGCGUGUGCUCACUGUGCCGUGUCAUACUGACCGAUGGAGCGACAACCAUUGUGCAGACACGUCCUGGAGAGACAGUGGGUCAGCUGGUGGAGCGUCUGCUGGAGAAGCGUAAUCUGGUCUAUCCGUACUAUGACGUGGUGUUCCAGGGCUGCAGCAAGUCCAUAGAUACACAGCAGUCCUCGCAGCUGCUGGCCGGCAAGGAGGUGCUGAUAGAGCGUCGUGUCGCCUUCAAGCUGGAUCUGCCAGAUCCCAAGGUCAUAUCGGUGAAGAGCAAGCCCAAGAAGCAGCUGCACGAGGUGAUUAGGCCCAUCCUCAACAAAUACAACUACAAAAUGGACUGUGUGCAAGUUCUGCUACGCGAUACCCAAGCUCCCUUGGAUCUGAUGCAACCGGUGACAGUCGCCGAUGGACAACGCCUACAGAUUGCUAUACUCAAUCCGGAUUUUCAGCUAAGCGGCGGCAGUAGCAUGCCGCCGAAGCAUAGUAAACCAAUGAAACCGCUGCCGAGCUGCCCGCUGACCAAUGAGUCCUCGCAGGGUCAGCUCGAUGAGCUCACCAACAAGAUGUUUAGCGAGCUGUUGCAGAGCAAAGCGGAUGCAGCUGCUGCUGCUGUUGCUGUGACGGCAACGACAGCACAAAAGCAGACUGAUCUGUGCUCCAUGAAGUCCAAUGAAGCGCCCUCGGAGAGCUCCUCAUCGCUGUUCGAGCGUAUGCGGCGACAGCAGCGCGAGAACAGCAACAUUCCAGGCAGCAAAAUGCCGAAGCUGAAGAAGAAGUCAACGAGCAGUCAACAUUCCGAGGAAGCAACGACAAGUGGAGUCACUACAGCAUCCCUGGCAUCCGAUCCCAAGAAGCCCAUCAUAGCCAAGCUGAAGGCUGGCGUUAAGCUGCAGUCAGCGGAGCGAGUAGCAGAGACCCAAGAUGAACUACUCGAGGGAUUGAAGCGUGCACAGUUGGCUCGGCUGGAGGAUCAGCGCGGCACGGAGAUCAACUUUGAUCUGCCCGACUUUCUUAAGAACAAGGAGAAUCUCAAUGCGGCCGCCUCCAAGUUGCGCAAGGUGCGUGCCAAUUUGAGCCCUGUUAACAAGGCCAACAGCUCCACAGAUGCACCACAGCCCGCGCCACGCCUCUCCAUCACACGUGGCCAGCAACAGGCGACGGCAGCAGCAGCAGCAAGUGUGUCGCCCAUGAAAGUGGAUGUCGAGCAAGAGACUGAGCUGCCAAUUCCAAUUGCGUCAGCGGAUUUACAGGAAUUUGCCAAAGCCCCACCACCGUUACCGCCCAAGCCGAAGGUGCUGCCCAUUAAACCAUCGAAUUGGGGUGCGGCCAAUGCUCCGCCCACUGGCAACUACUGCAACAAAUUCUCGCCCGCCAAGCACACAUCGACAUCAGCUUCGGCGAAGGCGUCAACAGCAGCCACAUCUCUGUCCUUUGGCGGCAAGUUGCCGCUGGAGAUUGGACGCAAGUCUCUGGAACAGGCGAGCACACGAUGCGCCUAUCUGGACCAGCCUAGCAGCAGCUUUGUUUAACAAUAGUUUUCCUAAAUCUGAUCAUUGUACAUAUAUACUUUUUAAAGGAAUAACGCUCCCUAUUUAUUAACAUUUGUAUUCCAUGUGACGUCCUUUUGAUUGUCAACCACAAAGAACCAUGACGAACUUUCGUAUUACGAAGUGAUCAUGCUUAUUUAUAAAUACUUAUCUACACUAAGCUUUAAGUUUUAACAUAAACAUACAUAAUGUGUAAUUAAACGCCCUACAUACGUGUAACAUAAAAAA